AUGAGUCAGAUUACCACAGCCACCAUGUUCUCAGUCGCAUUUGUGUUGGCUUUCAUCAGUCUGCUUCAGGUGCCCGUCACCUGGGGAGAGACAUAUGUUCAGCUUGACACAAACAAUCCUGCCGUCCAGAAGGAUAUUGUCAACAAGCACAAUGAACUCCGGCGAUCAGUCAACCCAACUGCCAGUAACAUGCUGAAAAUGAGUUGGAACAGCGAGGCGGCAGCCAAUGCUCAGCAAUGGGCAGACGCAUGCACAGAGACACACAGCACUUCCAGCAAGAGAAGCAUCAGCACCAGCGGGUGUGGAGAGAACCUGUUCUUCUCCAGCGCUCCGCUUUCUUGGGAUGAUGCCAUCCAGGCAUGGUUUAACGAGGACAAGCACUACAAGUAUGGUCAAGGCCCCAUCGGAAAUGCUACAGUUGGCCAUUACACACAGGUGGUUUGGUACAGAUCCAAUGAGAUCGGCUGUGGUGUAGCUUACUGCCCUAACGGUGGCUUUGCCUACUUUUACGUCUGCCACUACUGCCCCCCUGGAAACGUUUUCUUUAAGGGACAUAAUGGCUAUGCCUACCCAUACAAGGAGGGUCCUCCCUGUGGUGACUGUCCUGAUGCCUGUGAUAAUGGCCUAUGUACCGACCCCUGCCCAUACAAUGACAAUUACGGAAACUGUCCAGAGAUUGCAAAGUCCUGGGGUUGCAGUAACACAAAUGUUGCUGACUGGUGCCCUGCCUCCUGCAAGUGCCAAGGCAAGAUCAUAUAGGCAUCCUGAGAAGCAUUUACAUUAAGGAGGCAUUUUCAAAUGACACCACAACAGAUAGAGUAGUGCAGGAAAAGCAAUUACUUCAAUAUUUAAUGCUUAUGUGUAUACCAUCUGUAAAAGCAUCUUGUCAUGAUUUUCUGAUGAUGAAACCAUCUCAGUCUGCUUUACUAUUACUAUUUUAAUAUCAGAGGUUUGGACAUUUAUUUCAGUUUUUGGUCUCUAUGAGCAAGUAUGUGGUGUUGGAUGCAAA